AUGGCUGUGCUUACUGGGCCCGGGGGAGUAUCGGCACCACAGACACCGGGCCGAGUAUACAGAGAGCCCCCAGACACCGGGCCGAGUAUACAGAGAGCCCACAGACACAGCGCCGAGUAUACAGAGAGCCCCCAGACACCGGGCCGAGUAUACAGAGAGCCCCCAGACACCGGGCCGAGUAUACAGAGAGCCCCCAGACACCGGGCCGAGUAUACAGAGAGCCCCCAGACACCGGGCCGAGUAUACAGAGAGCCCCCAGACACCGGGCCGAGUAUACAGAGAGCCCCCAGACACCGGGCCGAGUAUACAGAGAGCCCCCAGACACCGGGCCGAGUAUACAGAGAGCCCCCAGACACCGGGCCGAGUAUACAGAGAGCCCCCAGACACCGGGCCGAGUAUACAGAGAGCCCCCAGACACCGGGCCGAGUAUACAGAGAGCCCCCAGACACCGGGCCGAGUAUACAGAGAGCCCCCAGACACCGGGCCGAGUAUACAGAGAGCCCACAGACACCGGGCCGAGUAUACAGGGAGCCCCCAGACACCGCGCCGAGUAUACAGAGAGCCCACAGACACCGCGCCGAGUAUACAGAGAGCCCACAGACACCGCGCCGAGUAUACAGAGAGCCCACAGACACAGCACCGAGUAUACAGAGAGCCCACAGACACAGCACCGAGUAUACAGAGAGCCCACAGACACCGGGCCGAGUAUACAGAGAGCCCCCAGACACAGCACCGAGUAUACAGAGAGCCCCCAGACACCGGGCCGAGUAUACAGAGAGCCCCCAGACACCGGGCCGAGUAUACAGAGAGCCCCCAGACACCGGGCCGAGUAUACAGAGAGCCCCCAGACACCGGGCCGAGUAUACAGAGAGCCCCCAGACACCGGGCCGAGUAUACAGAGAGCCCCCAGACACCGGGCCGAGUAUACAGAGAGCCCCCAGACACCGGGCCGAGUAUACAGAGAGCCCCCAGACACCGGGCCGAGUAUACAGAGAGCCCCCAGACACCGGGCCGAGUAUACAGGGAGCCCACAGACACCGGGCCGAGUAUACAGAGAGCCCCCAGACACCGGGCCGAGUAUACAGGGAGCCCCCAGACACAGCGCCGAGUAUACAGAGAGCCCCCAGACACCGGGCCGAGUGUACAGAGAGCCCCCAGACACAGCGCCGAGUAUACAGAGAGCCCCCAGACACCGGGCCGAGUGUACAGAGAGCCCCCAGACACCGGGCCGAGUGUACAGAGAGCCCCCAGACACCGGGCCGAGUGUACAGAGAGCCCCCAGACACCGGGCCGAGUGUACAGAGAGCCCCCAGACACCGGGCCGAGUGUACAGAGAGCCCCCAGACACCGGGCCGAGUGUACAGAGAGCCCCCAGACACCGGGCCGAGUGUACAGAGAGCCCCCAGACACCGGGCCGAGUGUACAGAGAGCCCCCAGACACCGGGCCGAGUGUACAGAGAGCCCCCAGACACCGGGCCGAGUGUACAGAGAGCCCCCAGACACCGGGCCGAGUGUACAGAGAGCCCCCAGACACCGCCUUGUAUAUGUAUAGGGUCCAUGUAA